ACAGGUGCUAGACGGGCAGGACGACUUGAAGUCGAAUACGUCGACAAGUCAUCCUACUACAUAGAAGCGUACCCACAGAAAAUCACGUACGGAGAAAUGAUGAAGUCGAUGAAUGACCUGUGCACCAACUCCCAUGAGCUGCUGACCACCAUCCUCGGCACAGGUGACGAACAGACGACGUAUACCUGUGACUACUCCAACAAUUCACUUGGCCUCUACUACCCUCAGAAAGGCGAUGACUGCUUGCAUACCAUCCUAGACAUCCUUCGCCGUUUGUUCCCUGUUUUGUCAUUCCUGCACAGCCAGUGUAGCUUCGGCGCAUCUGACAUGGGCUGGGCAGACUGUCGCUACGGCAAAGAUAUACCCACGACCAAAUCGCAUUGUAGCAAAGAAUCAAAGAACAAAGCAAAGUGCCAGGCAGAGUGCCAACCAAACUACCAACCAAAUUGCCAACCUACGUCGCCAUUAAUGUGCUACCUUGGUGACAGCUUGCUUGGUUGCCUGCCACACCAAGUUGGUUCCAUUGGUUGUGGCUAUAAAUGUGCUACGUGUCCUAGUGGUAAACCAGGAAUGCCCUGUUUGACACCUCUAGGCUUCCGUAGUUUCUCUGGUUCUACAAAGACAGGCAGCGAUCUGUGUGAAGUUGUAAGUAAAUUCUUCGGCAGACAUGUCGCAUCAUGCCUCUUCAGCCUCGUUUCAAAGCCUCCAUCAACGCUGCCAGAGCACUUCGGCUUCGCUUUAUCGCUUGUUAAGAAGUGGGAUGACCAUGGCAAACAUCUAAUAAGAACAGGUAUUGAUAACGCUAUCACCGACCGUUCUAUUGCCCUCUACGAUGAUGCCAGCCAGCUGACCAACGCGCUGAGUGAUGCUUAUGGUAGCAGCCAGAGUGGUAACCACGCAACAAAACAUACUACUAAACUUGCUGACGGCAGUGAAAAUGAAGUCAAAAAAGGUGACCUCUGUAGUCUCGCAAUGUCCACCGCAUGUUCUGGCCAAAAUGUCUACUGCGCCCCGUACCUGUAUGCCUUAUGCGCCGAUCAAUACACUUACCUUGCCAAGACGCAAUGUAAGACGUACUUGUCAUGGGCAGUGUAUUUGCCAUGGACGUUCUGGAAUUAUCUCAAUUCCCUGUACAACUCGUUCAGGGACAUCUACUGCCAAGAUUGGGGAUGUCGUACCUGUCUGCGUGCGGACACUUGUAGGCGUGGUCAACAUGGUCUCGUUAACGACAAAACAAAAGCGCCGAAUUGCCACUGCUACAGUAUCGUAGAGUGCAAGGGUGCUAUGCCUACGUUGUAUAAGUACGGUUUUACGUUUGGUGCUCCAGCAGCUUUGAACGCGAAGGAUGGCAAGAAGACGUGUACCAAUUUCAUGGAGCAGUUGUACAACGUACUGCGGUCAACGUAUUUCAAAACGUUGUUCCGAGAGUGCGACAUGUUCUUGUGGAGAAUCCGUGAACCAUUCUCCUACCUUGUCCUAGCCCUCUGGCUCCUCUCUGUCCUGUACCUGCUCCACAUCAUGGUCAUCCGCCUAGACCUCCUCCACAUCAAAUCGCAUUUGCACUCUCCCUCAUCACAUCGCAUCGCUGCUCAAUCACUCCUUGCUGCUGGACGUGUUAACAAGCUUAACAGGGUGUUUUACCUGCAACCGUAA